AUGAAGCACGAUGAAGAAUCACAACGGAUGAGUCUCAUGCUUGAGUCCAUCAAACUCUUCCAGAAGAAAAAGAAUUACUACCCGACCUCCGAAGAGAUUCUGGUAGACCUUGAAGAAAAGCUCAAGAAUCGCUCUGAUGCUUGGAAGCUGGCGGUGUUGUUUGCCAAACACUGCUAUGUAUUCGGGCUUGGACAUCCGGAGACUGGCCUCAUGCUGAAUCGACUUCUUGCCAUACAUGUCACCGAUCCCAACUCUUUCCACGAAGAGAUGAUUGACCCCCUCUUGACCGGUGAUAACUUACAGGGCAGCCAUGGGGAUGUCUACGACGUGGCCUCGGCUCCGGACGUGGCUCGGGUGCAAGUGCUUGCUCCACCUAACCAACCCCCAGCAGAGUUCAUUGAGACUCGUGCUCAAAUUCCAAUGACCGGGCAAUGCCAAGGUUAUGUUGGAAGUCUUGAACACUUCGAGGGGCUCAAGGACGUAUAUUACGCGUUCUCUAAUGGGGCAUCAGGCCUUGCCCACGAGGACCUUGAGAUCAGGCAGGAUGCUCCUGCCCAACGGAGGUGUGUUCAGCAAUUGUUCGAAGCCAUCAUGGACAUGAGAAGCUCCAUCGAAGCCGCUGAUGAUGUCAACACCGACCCUGGUCAAGAUGGAGAACCCGCAGCUGCCUCUGGCAAUGCCGUCGCUGCUGCACUAAGGCCUCGAAACAAACGUCGCAUCGGCGAUAUCCUCGGUUCUCACGGCCUCACCAAUACGGAGAAGAUCGAGGGAUUGAUCGGUCGCAUGCUGUCCGACCUAGACAUUGAGGUUCUCUGCUGGGAGGUUCUGGAGGCUGCAAUCCGUGCCCAAGAGGGCCUGCACAAAGUGGCCCGGUGGCAGACGGAACUCAUGAAGGACAGGUUCGCCUCCUUCGAGGCAAGGUGGAACUCCAUCUGCGAGGCUCUGAGGGCUCAUAAGCUCAUUCUGCAGUCUCUGGGGCAGAUCUCCGCAAAACCGCCAACAAGAAGUGCAACAUGGUCAAGACGCUUCAAAACAAGGCCGGCGCCGACGCCAUAA